AUGACCUCGUUUGAAAUAAAAGAUAGGAUUCACAUCAAGAAUCUGAAGCUACAGACCAUAUUGGGACCAGACCGCUGGGAUCAAUUGAACCCUCAGCGAUGUCAGGUGUGUGUAGACAUUGGUACGGAUUUUGCGAUGUCAUCUGCCAUGGAUGAUUUGAAAUUUUCUUUGAAUUAUGCGACUAUUAGCAAGGACGUCGCUCAGCUGGUCAGCAACAGGAAGAAUUGGCUGACUGUCGGUAAUUUGACUCGAUCGAUAUACAGCUUUCUGAAGAAUGACUCCGAUUACAAGAGCGGAGUUUUAGACCUCACUGUAUCGUUACAAUGCCAGGAUGUCCAUUUAAGAACCACUGAUAUAUCUUGCGUGAUCAGAGAUGAUCUGUUCGAUCUAUGGCGGAUCCAUAACUUGGAACUGUUUUGUGUUUUAGGUGUUUUCACUUUCGAAAGGUUGCAGAAGCAGAAAAUUUCCUUGGACAUGGAUAUUUUGUGGCCCAGGGGAAGCGACAACCACAAGUUACUCAGAUCUCUUAUCGACAAAACAGCCGUUUACCUUGAAAAUUCCAAUUUCAAAACGGUGGAAGCGUUAGUGGAGUCAAUAACUCAGUUGGUUAGCCAGCAGAUCAAUAUUCCAGAAGAAAAUUUUAGCGUACAGGUGAAAGUAACUAAACUAAGCGCAAUAACGGAUACGGAUGGCGUUGGUGUGAGUUGCAAAAGAAGUGGCAUUGAGAUAAAUUGCGAAGACUUGGUCACUACAAAUGAGAGUACUACGAAUGACUUAACAUUCAACCUCCCAAUUGAGAACGGCUCCGGUACAAUAUUCAAUGGCCAGUGGAAUAAAGCAUAUUUGGCGUUCGGUUCAAACAUAGGAGACAGGCUAAACUUUAUCACAACUGCCUUCUCCCUACUACAAGCAAAUCCGAAGGUAAGGCUUGUAAACUCUUCAUCGUUAUUUGAGAGCGAACCAAUGUAUUUCAAAGACCAACAGCCGUUCAUGAACGGCUGCGUAGAGAUAGAAACAACGUUAGACCCUCAAGCAUUACUGGCAUUUUGCAAAAAAAUAGAGUACGAAGAGAUCAAAAGAGUGAAGCAUUUUGACAAUGGGCCGCGCUCUAUCGAUCUGGAUAUUAUAAUGUACUCGAACAGCGACGGCGAGCAUGUGCUAGUGAACGAUCAGAACUUGGUUAUUCCGCAUCCGAGAAUGUUGGAGAGGACAUUUGUGUUGGAACCAUUGUGCGAAUUAAUCGCACCUGAAAUGUUGCAUCCGAUCACUGCUGAACCGAUAACGCAUUAUCUGUCUCAAAUCUAUGAGAUGGACAAUGACGAGAAUAACCUUUGGAAGCUGAUUCCACUACCAUCAUUACAGAAUGAAUCGCAUAGAUUCCUAAAGUUCAAAACCGUCACGAAAUUUGACCCCGUGCAUACGAGUGUGACCCAUCGGAGAACAGUAUCACCCACGUAUGUCAUGGGUAUUUUUAACACGACGCCUGACUCCUUUUCGGACGGAGGGGUCUUUUAUCAAAAUUCCAAAGAGCAGAUCCUCUCCAAUGUCAAACAGAUGUGUGCAGAUGCGCUGGAACUACACGACCAGGUGAUUAUUGACAUUGGUGGGUGUUCUACAAGACCAAAUUCAGCUCAGCCGUCACUAGAUGAAGAAAUCGAGCGGACAAUUGAAGUUAUUAAAGCUAUCAGAAACUGCCCCGAUUUGAACCAAGAAAAGGUUCUGAUAUCUAUUGAUACUUACAGAUCCACUGUCGCGGAGAAAGCGAUAGAAACUGGGGCGGAUAUCAUCAAUGAUAUAUCUGGUGCGUCGUUUGAUCCUAGGAUUCUCGAUGUUGUUGCAGCAAACCCAUACGUUGCAUACGUGAUGUCACACAUACGGGGCGAUAUCAAUACUAUGAGCAAGAUGACACAUUACGAUACUCCGAAGGAGUUUACUACCGAGGGGACCGAUUACAUUUUCAACGAAAUAUGUGACACUAAGGCGACCCAUUUCGUUAGAACUAUAGGGCGUGAAAUGUCCCAGACGUACCAAACCGCCUUGAGGAAAGGUGUCAGACGUUGGCAAAUAAUAAUGGAUCCCGGUUUGGGUUUUGCUAAAAAGGGCACCCAAAACCUUGAUCUUAUCAGACAGGUGCCGUUAUUGAAGAACUACUCCUUCGUCAACAGCAACACUGGGGGGUAUACGAAUCUGAGAAAUAUCCCAGUCCUGAUUGGACCGUCGAGGAAGAAGUUCAUUGGGGCCAUUACUAAGGAAAAGGUAGCAGCCGAUAGGGAUUUUGCCACGGGCUCCCUCGUAACUGCAUGUGUAGGAUUUGACUGUGAUAUCUUGCGGGUACACAACAUCAAAAACUGUGCCAAGAGCAUAAAAAUAGCAGAUGCCCUUUAUAAAGACGUAUAA